CCUCGUAAAUACCCAACAACCCCUGAAGAGAGAAUUGCUGCUGCUAAGAAAUAUGGUUUACAUAUUGAUGACUACAAGCCUAUUGCAGAUGAGGGAUUUGGUGCUGGUGAUUAUCCAGAUUUAGAACCAAAAAGUUUUGCUGCUAGAGAUCCUUAUUAUGAAUGGGAUUAUCCUUAUGUAAGACGUAAUUACAAUGAAGCGAGAAAUGCAGAAGAAGAAUAUUUUAAAGGUCAUAGAUAUGAUGAAUCACAGAAACCUGUAAUAUCUCUGAAUCAACAGUUUUUUGUGUUAUUCUCAUUUAUAGCAAUUGUUUCACUACUCCGUAUAUAUCUACCAGUUAAUCCCACAUAUACACCGAUGAUGGCUAAACAAUAUCCUUAUGGUAAUCUACAUCUGGAGAGGGGUGGUGAUCCCAAUAAUGUACCUACUAUUAAACAUUACACAUUUGAACCAGCUGAAUAA